AUGGCGACGAUCUCUGCGAACGACGCUUGUUCAUCGUCCAUUACCAUGCGACCUAUCAUAAUAUCACUGGGCAAAAUUAGAGUUUCAAUCCCAGUCUCUACCAAAGCAGAUGAAUGGAUAUCUGCAGAAAUCCUUAGAGAAGAAUUCACUCAUGAGCAAUCGCUCAUAGACGCAGUUGGAAACACUGCUGAACUCGAAAACCAGGCAGAAGCAUCCUUAGAGCUUGCUGCCCGAUUCCUCGGCUUUAUCGCUACUAGAGUGCAUGAAAACUCAGAAUGCACCGCUGCUCGUACAGCACUGUUAUUGAAUGUUUUCAAGUUCUUCACCUCAACCUACCUAUACAGCAAAGACAUUCACUCUUUGGCCUCCAACUACGAUACUGAGGUCAGAAAGGCUGUACUCACUUCAUACUUCAGCGCUUUCUCUGUUCUCUCUGAACAGAAAGCUGCUGACAUUCCCAGAGGUCCUCAAUCGGCCCUAUUCGUUGCCGCCGCUGCCGGCGAAGCCUCGAUAUACGCGCUCUUUGGAGGGCAAGGGACUAACGAAGUCUAUCUCGACGAAUUACAAUCUCUCUAUGACAUCUACAAACCCUUCGUCGCUUCGUUUAUUUCAACAAUGUCAGAGAUCCUCGUUCCCCUUGCCGAGGAAAAGCAAUUCUCCUCCUUCUACACUCACGGCCUCGAUGUCUUCUCUUGGCUUUCCGGCGUCGUGUCUCGUCCUUCGAUCUCCUACCUGGCUUCUGUCCCCAUCUCGUUCCCUCUUAUUGGGUUGACACAGCUCGUGCAGUAUUUGAUCGUCUGCAAAGUUACUGGUCUCACCCCCGGUGAGCUAUCCGAUCGCAUGACCGGUGCUACUGGACACUCGCAAGGCAUCGUGUCCGCCGUCGCUGCUGCGGCGUCUUCCUCAUUCGAAUCUUUCACUGAGAAUGCGAAGAAAGCCAUCCGCUGGCUUUUCUUCUGUGGUUUCCGUGGUCAAGAAGCAUUCCCAAUCGUCUCCCUCGAGCCUGGCUUAAUUCAAGAUUCCAUUGAUGGCGGUGAGGGCAUGCCCACCCCCAUGCUAUCCAUAACUGGGCUUUCGCUCAAGGAGUUAGAGCCUCACCUCGUGCAAACCAACAAUCAUCUAGCUGACAACUCUCAGCUUCAGGUCACGCUUCACAACGGUCCUCGUGCGCUUGUUGUUACAGGUCCCUCGCGCGCAUUGCACGGUCUUGUCGUUAAUUUGAGAAAGAUUCGUGCUCCUUCUGGUGCCGAUCAAAGCAAAAUCGCAUUCUCGCAGCGCAAACCAGUUUUUUCUGUCCGUUUCCUGGUAGUCGGCGUGCCCUUCCACAGUGUUUAUCUAGGUGAGGCGACGGAUAAAUUACUCUCGGAAGAUUUGAAGGGCGAAGAACUUUGGGAACCAGAAGAGUUGAGGAUUCCCGUUUUCAAUACGGAAGAUGGCAAGGAUUUGCGUGCUUCCAAAACCUCUAUCACUCGUUCCCUUUGCAACCAGAUCUUCACGUCACCUAUUCACUGGACGGAGGCGACGAAUUUCCCCAAAUCAGCUACUCAUGCCCUGGACUUCGGUCCUGGCGGCCUUAGUGGAAUAGGUCCUCUUACUGCUAGGAAUUUCGAUGGGAGGGGUGUUCGCGUCAUCGUCAUCGGGGAACGCGGCAAGGGAGAUGCUGAGUUAUAUGAUUCCACUGCGGUUCAACGGGAGGACAACUGGGGCGAGAAGUACGCUCCCCGUUUGGUUAAAAGCGGGGAUGGUACUGUCCAUCUUGAUACUCCCUUUUCUCGUCUUUUAGGCAAGCCUCCAAUCAUGGUCCCUGGUAUGACACCGUCUACUGUCCAAGCGGGAUUCGUUAGUGCUAUUCUCGACGCGGGUUAUCAUGUCGAAUUAGCUGGAGGCGGGCAUUACAAUGCGAACGCUCUUCGUGCUAAGGUUGUCGAAAUCCAGGGUAAAAUUCCUCAGGGUGCCGGGAUCACUCUAAACUCGAUCUACAUCAAUCCUGCUCAGUUUGGUUUCCAGUUCCCUCUUUGGCAAGAGAUGAGGAAGGAAGGCUUUCCCAUUGAAGGUUUCUGUAUUGGUGCUGGUGUACCUAGUACUGAAAAGGCUGCUGAAAUCAUCGACGGUCUCAGGUCUUCCGGAAUCAAGCACCUUGGGUUGAAACCGGGUUCGGUCGAUGGUAUUCGGCAAGUUGUCAACAUUGCUGCUGCCAAUCCCGACUUCCCGAUCAUCAUGCAGUGGACCGGUGGUCGUGCUGGAGGCCACCACUCCUAUGAAGACUUCCAUCAACCCAUGCUUUCGACCUACCGCUCCAUCCGUAAGCAUGAGAAUAUUAUUCUUGUUGGUGGUUCUGGAUUUGGUGCUGCUGAAGACGUUUGGCCCUACCUUACUGGCGAAUGGUCAGUGGCUUAUGGUGUUCAGCCGAUGCCCUAUGAUGGUUUUCUUUUCGGAAGCCGUGUCAUGGUUGCAAAAGAGGCACAUACAAGCUCUUCCGUAAAAGAUCUCAUCGUCGCGUGCGCUGGAGUGGAGGAUCAACAAUGGGAGGGCACUUAUACCAAACCGAGUGGCGGUGUUCUUACUGUUCGAUCGGAGCUUGGUGAACCUAUACACAAGGUCGCUACGCGCGCCGUUAAGCUCUGGAAAGAGUUUGAUGACACCGUAUUCAAAUUACCCAAAGAAAAGCGUUCGACUUGGUUACUUGAGCAUCGUGAUGAGGUCAUCGAAAAGCUCAACAAGCAUUUCAGCAAGCCAUGGUUCGGCUGGAAGAAGGAUGGCAGUGUUGCGGAAUUACGAGACAUGACUUAUGAGGAAACUGUCCUUCGUAUGGUGCGCUUGAUGUAUGUCGCCCAUGAGAAUCGAUGGGUCGAUAUUUCUCUUCGUAACCUUACUGGUGACUGGAUGCGAAGGAUCGAAGAAAGGUUUGCCGGCGUCAAUGGGUCUGGCACCAAACCGUCCGUCCUGCAGUCUUACAACUCCUUGAAUGAUCCUCUCCCUUGCGUUGAAACGUUCUUCAAAGCCUACCCUCUCGCUUCACAGCAACUUCUUUCUGCUGAUGACUCUGGUUACUUCUUGGCUAUCUCACAGAGGCGCGGCCAGAAGCCCGUUCCUUUUAUACCUGUUCUCGAUGCGUCGUUUGAGGUUUGGUUUAAGAAGGAUUCUUUGUGGGCUGCUGAAGAUGUUGAAGCAGUCUUCGACCAAGAUCCUGAACGUGUUUGUAUAUUACAAGGCCCUGUUGCCGUCAAGCACUCUGUGAUCAAGGAUGAGCCCAUUCGCGACUUGCUCGGUAACAUCAACUCGUCCCUCAUUCAAAAAGUCUUACAGCUACGUUACAACGGUGAUGCUUCUACCAUUCCUUCAAUUGGUUAUCUCGCUCCUCCGCGCCGUGCUUCCAGAGUCCCUGCGGGUGUCAAGAUCACUACCACCGACGAGCAAAUUGUCUACCAGUUUGGGAAAUCUCUCCCUACGAAUGCAUCUUGGCUUGCUUGCCUCGCUGGCUCUCAAUUGAACUGGUUCGGGGCGCUUAUUGGGUCCACGAGUGUUGUGCAGGGUUCUUCUUACAUCAGCAAUCCCAUCCGCCGACUCUUUUACCCUCGCCCUCACGAAAAAGUCGUUGUUAGCCUUUCCAAUGGACAACCAACGUCCAUUGUCGCGUAUGGGGGAGCUCGCUCGUAUGGCCUGCAUGACCCAAAUUUCAAGGCCACGGAAAUUAUAUUCAAUUCCUCAACUAAUCUCAUUGACGUGACGAUCUUCGAAGAGCGUAACAAGGUCGCUGUACCUCUCACCUUGCAGUUUGAGUAUAAAUCCGCGAUGGGAUCUGCCCCCAUCCACGAAGUGGUCACUGGACGUAAUAUGCGCAUCAAGGCGUUCUAUUGGAAACUUUGGUACGGGGACGACCAGUCUCUCCCCGAGUUGGAUAUUCAUGAUACGUUCACCGGUCCUGAUGUCACCCUCAAGGCAGAGGACAUAGAGAAGUUCUGUUCUGUUGUUGGUAACAACGACGAGUCGUUCAAGUCAGUGCGAACCACCACCAUUAGUGCUCCGAUGGAUUUUGCUAUCGUUGCUGGUUGGCAGGCUAUCAUCAAGUCAAUUUUCCCUGCAUCGAUUGAUGGAGAUCUCCUCAAGCUCGUACAUUUGUCGAACAGUUUCCGCAUGAUGAAGGGCGCGAGACCCUUCCAGGCCGGCGACAUAUGCAGAUCGGAAGCUAAGAUUGUCUCCGUUGUCAAUAGCGGGCCUGGAAAGGUCGUCAAAGUGAAGGGACAUGUCUACCGUGAUGCAAAGCCGGUCGUCGAGGUUGUGUCUGCUUUCCUUUACCGCGGCGUCUUCACCGACUACGAGAACACAUUCGAAACCACUGAAGAACCUGACUACAUUGUGACGUUAGCGACUGACGCCGACGUUAGCGUUUUACAAUCGAAGGAAUGGUUUGAUUGGGAAGAUGAUACUCGACCUCUCUCUCCUGGAAUCCCUUUGAUUUUCCGUGUACAGUCUGAGGUCUCUUUCAUGGAUCGCACUUCCUACCGGGAGCUAUCCGUAUCUGGUGAAAUCUUUGUCCGCGACCAGUUGAAGAACCUACAGAAAGUAGGUUCUGUUGAGUUCCAAGCAGAUGAUGCGCACGGCAACCCUGUCGUUGCCUACCUUCAAAGGCAUGGCAUUGCUCAAGGUCUGAGCGUGCCCCUUGCCAAUGAGGGCUAUCAACUCACUACCACGGAGGGCUCAACAUCAUUCUUUUCGCCACUUACCAAUGAACCCUACUCUGGGAUCUCGGGCGAUUUCAACCCAAUUCACAUCAAUCCGUAUUUCUCUUGCUACGCCGGUCUACCCGGGACAAUCACUCAUGGUCUAUGGUCCAGUGCUGCAACUCGCAAAUACGUAGAGAACGUUGUCGCCAAGGGUCAUCCUGACCGCGUGCUUUCGUACGAUGUAUCUUUUGUUGGAAUGGUUCUUCCGGGCGAACAGCUUACCGUCAACCUUCGGCACACCGGAAUGCGGGAUGGCAAUAUCGUUGUCAAAAUCGAGACCGUUAAUGUACUCGGUGAAAAGGUCUUGGAAGGUUCUGCAGAGGUGUCCCAACCAACUACUGCCUAUGUCUUCACUGGACAGGGAUCUCAAGAACCUGGUAUGGGUAUGGAUCUUUACAAUAGCUCUCCUGCUGCUCGUGCGGUCUGGGAUGGUGCCGAUGAACAUCUUCGAGCUGUCUAUGGGUUUUCUAUUCUCGAAAUCGUCAAAGAGAAUCCCAAAGAAAAGACGGUACACUUUGGUGGUAUCAAGGGACAAGCCAUCCGUCAGCGUUAUAUGGACAUGUCCUACGACACCACUGACAAAGAUGGUCACAUCAAAACCCUCCCUCUCUUUGCCGACAUCGACAUUCGCACACCCAAGUAUACAUUUAGUCAUCCUAAUGGGCUCCUUUUCGCUACCCAAUUUGCUCAAAUCGCACUCGUCGUUACCGAAAAAGCGGCAUUCGAAGACAUGCGUUCGAAAGGAUUUGUUCAAACGGACUGCGCUUUUGCUGGUCACUCUUUGGGUGAAUAUUCUGCGUUGGCAUCUAUUGCUGAUGUACUUGCGAUUUCUGCCCUUGUCGACGUCGUUUUCUAUCGUGGUAUCACGAUGCAAAGAGCUGUUGAGCGUGACUCUGAAAACCGCUCCAACUACGCUAUGUGUGCUGUCAAUCCCAGCCGCAUUUCCAAGAGCUUUAGUGAUGCUGCUCUGAGAGAAGUUGUUGACACUAUUUCAGUGGGCACUGGUUCCCUUUUGGAAAUCGUCAAUUACAAUGUGGAAGGACAACAAUAUGUGUGCGCUGGAGAGUUAGUUGCCUUGCAAACCAUGACGAACGUGUUGAAUUAUCUGAAACUUCAGAAAAUUGACAUUGCUAAACUGACCGAGACUUUCUCCGUUGAGAAGGUGAAAGAAAUGCUUGGAGACAUCGUCAAAGAGUGCCAUGGACGUGCCCUGGAUCAGAAGAAGGCGGAAGGCCAUAUCCUCUUAGAGCGUGGCUUUGCCACUAUCCCUCUCCCAGGCAUUGACGUUCCUUUCCAUUCGAGAUAUCUCUGGGCCGGUGUCAUGCCUUUCCGCACCUACCUUUCCAAAAAGAUCGAUCCUACGCACAUCAAUCCAGACGUGCUCAUUGGCAAAUAUAUUCCUAACCUCAUCGCUCAACCCUUUGACGUAUCGCGAGCUUAUGCUCAAAUCAUUUAUGAUCAGACUUCCUCGCCUCGCCUCGACAAAGUCUUGAAGAACUGGGAUGAAGAGAACUGGGGCUCUGCCGCUCAGCGCCAGAACCUAACUUACAUCAUCCUCGUCGAGCUUUUGGCUUAUCAGUUUGCUUCACCAGUCCGCUGGAUCCAAACCCAGGACCUCCUCUUUUCCCACUUCAAUUUCGAAAGACUCAUCGAGCUUGGCCCUUCCCCCACUCUUACCGGAAUGGCAACUCGUACUCUCAAGGCUAAGUACGAGCUUCAAGACGAUUGCGUUUCUUUGAAGCGCGAAAUUCUUUGUCAUGCGAAACAUUCAAAGGAGAUUUAUUACUUGUUUGAAGAUGAAGCGGUUGGUGAAUCUGUGCCCGUAGAGGUAACCGAGUCUGUUGCUGCUCCUGUCACCGCCACCGUCACCGCUGCCACCGCCGUUCCCUUACCUGUUGCUGUCCCUACAGGCCCAGCUGUCAGCAUUGAAGACGUUCCCGUUAAAUCGUCGGACAUCCUUCUUGCCAUUGUCGCGCAGAAAUUGAAAAAACAAAUCAGCGACAUUUCUACGUCGAAGUCUAUCAAAGACCUUGUUGGCGGAAAGUCGACUCUUCAGAACGAAAUCUUGGGCGAUCUACAACAAGAGUUCUCUUCAGCUCCCGAGAAAGGUGAAGAGUUACCUCUCGACGAGCUGGGCCCUGCUUUGGGUUCUGGACAUAGUGGAACGUUAGGUAAAUACACCACUGGUCUCGUGUCACGUUUGGUCGGAGGGAAACUGCCUGGUGGCUUCAACUCGUCUGCUGUAAAAGCCCAUUUGUCGAAGACUUGGGGUUUGGGUCCUCAACGUGCGGACGGUGUUCUUCUCCUUGGAACUACCAUGGAACCCGCUAAGCGUCUGGGAUCUGAAGCGGAGGCGAAAACCUGGCUUGACGGCGUCGUAUCGGCGUAUGCGCAACGAUCUGGAAUUUCUCUUGCAUCUCCUGGCGCAGGAGGAGGCGGGGGUGGAGGAGGCAGUGGCGGCGCAGUGAUCAACAGCGAAGAGUUCACAAAGUUUCAGGCCGAGCAGGAGCGUUUCGCUGCUCAACAUAUCGAGCUUUACAUGCGUUACCUUAAGCGGGACUCUCGCUCUGGCGAAAUCGCAUUCGACGCUGAAAAGGCUAAUUCGAUGGCCUUACAAGCUAAGUUGGACAGUAUUGCUAAGGAACACGGUGAUCUCUACAUCGACGGUAUCAUGCCUGUCUUUGAUCCCUUGAAAGCUCGUCGCUUUGACUCUUCUUGGAAUUGGGUUCGACAGGAUGCUCUAACGAUGUACUAUGACAUCAUUUUCGGACGUCUUACAACUGUCGACCGCGAGAUCACAGCUCGCUGCAUCCAUCUGCUAAACCGCGCCGAUCCGGAGAUGUUGGCUUACAUGCAGUAUAACAUUGACCAAUGUGAUCCGAGCAAGGGCGACACUUACAAGCUUGCCAAGGAGUUUGGCCAACAGCUAAUAGACAACACGCAUCAGUUCAUUGGGCAGCCGCCUGUCUACAAGGAUGUUACUUUCCCAACUGCUCCUCACACGGAGGUCAGCAGUAAGGGUGACAUCGUGUACACCGAGGUUAUGCGCGAAAACGUUCGCAAACUAGAGGCAUACGUCGAGGAAAUGGCUCGCAGUGAUACAGUGUCAGGCCCGGUCAACAUUCAAAAAGUUCAAGACGAUGUGCUGAAGCUCUGGACGAUUGUGAAAUCCCAACCCGAGAUUAGUCAAGAGCAAAAGAAUCGUAUCAAGGCUCUGUAUGAAGGCGUCGUUCGCUCAUUGAGAAACAAAGGUUCUGAACCUCGCCCGCGCACUCCUAGAAAUCGUCGAUCGUCCUCGCAGUUCCUCCGCCCUCAAAUAUCCGGAAUCGCGACUGUGUCUGCCGACAAAGUUCCUCUGCUCCAUUUGAAGAGGAAAGUUGGCACCAACUGGGAAUACAGUAGUAACCUUACGAGUGUCUAUCUUGACAUUCUUCACGAGAUUGCCACUGCCGGAACAACGUUCAAGGAUAAGAACGCUUUGCUCACUGGAGUUGGCAAAGGUUCCAUUGGAGUCGAAGUUGUCAAGGGUCUACUCUCUGGUGGCGCUCAUGUUGUGAUCACUACCUCCCGCUACAGCCGCUCGACUGUUGAAUAUUAUCAGUCCAUUUUCCAAACUUUCGGCAGUCGCGGGUCUGCGCUUACUGUGGUGCCCUUCAACCAAGGUUCGAAGCAGGACGUCGAGGCUCUUGUGGAUUACAUCUACUCUACCCUCGGCAUGGACUUGGAUUUCAUACUUCCUUUCGCUGGUAUUCCCGAGAACGGCCGAGAGAUCGAUGGAAUUGACGACAAGUCCGAGCUGGCUCACCGCAUCAUGUUGACCAACUUGUUGCGAAUUCUUGGCGCAGUGAAGAACAAAAAAGCCAGUCGACACUUUGUUACGCGUCCUACUCAAGUUAUCCUCCCCCUGUCUCCUAAUCAUGGUCUGUUCGGCAACGACGGCCUGUACUCGGAAUCGAAGAUCUCUCUGGAAACACUCUUCCAACGUUGGGCUUCCGAAAGCUGGGGUGAAUAUCUCUGUCUUGCCGGAGCUGUCAUUGGAUGGACCCGUGGUACCACUCUCAUGGGACCCACGAAUAUAGUAGCGCACGAGCUUGAAAGCUUCGGUGUCCGCACAUUCUCUGCCAAGGAAAUGGCGUUCAACAUCCUUGGUUUGAUGCACCCUUUGCUGUUCAGUAUCACUCAAGUGGAACCCAUUUGGGCUGAUCUCAAUGGUGGCAUGGAUCGUCUUCCAGACCUCGCCGAUAUCACGACCCGUAUUAGGACCUCGCUUACGAAAAAGAGUGACAUGCGCCGUGCUAUCGCUCGUGACAAUGCUGCUGACUUCAAGAUUCUCAAUGGUGUUGAUGCAGAGCGUUUGAUUCAAACUGUGGACGUCCUCCCUCGUGCUAACUUCCGAUUCGACUUCCCCGCCCUCGAAUCCCAAGACUCUCUUGUUGAUGUCACCAAGCUUCGGGGUAUGCUUGACUUGGACAAGGUCAUGGUUAUCACUGGUUCCGCCGAAGUGGGACCUUGGGGUAGCGCUCGUACCCGUUGGGAAAUGGAAGCUCGGGGAGAGUUCACAAUUGAGGGUGCUAUCGAGAUGGCCUGGAUGAUGGGAUACAUCAAGCACUUCGACGGGCGUCUGAAGGAUGGCACGUUGUAUGUUGGUUGGGUCGACAGUAAGAGUGGAGAACCAGUCGACGACAAGGACGUCAAGGGACGCUACGAAAAAGAUAUCCUUGCCCAUGCAGGCAUUCGUUUGAUUGAACCCGAGCUCUUCCGUGGCUAUGAUCCAAAUAAGAAGAUCUUCAAUCAAGAGGUCGAGUUGAUCCAUGAUCUUGAGCCCAUAGAAGUCACCGCAGAUGAAGCCUCCAAAUUCAAACUCCAGCACGGCGACAAGUGCGAUAUCUGGGCCGGAGAAGGAGGUCAAUGGUUCUUCAAGCUCAAAAAGGGUGCCUGUGUAUUCGUGCCCAAAUCAUUCUCGUUCAGUCGCAAAGUCGCAAGCCAAAUUCCUACUGGAUGGUACGCUGGCCGCUACGGUCUUCCUGAAGACAUUAUUGCCCAAACCGAUCAAGUCACCCUCUGGAAUUUGGUCUCAACUGCCGAAGCCCUCAACAUGUCCGGUAUCACGGAUCCGUAUGAACUCUAUCAACACGUGCAUCCAUCUGAAGUCGGGACGUCACUUGGUAGCGGUAUGGGUGGUCAAGUCAGUCUGGCGAAGAUGUUCACCGACCGUCGCGACGAGAAAGAGGUACAGAACGACAUUUUGCAAGAAACUUUCAUAAACACGACUGCUGGAUGGAUUAACCUUCUGCUUCUAUCAUCGAGUGGUCCGGUCAAGAUCCCUGUCGGUGCUUGUGCUACCGCUUUGCAAUCUCUCGAAAUCGCUUGUGACACAAUCCUGUCGGGUAAAGCUAAGGUCAUGAUUGCUGGUGGUUUCGACGAUAUAAGCGAGGAAGGAUCAUACGAGUUCGCAAACAUGAAGGCUACAAGUAACGCAGAUGCCGAAUUUGCUAUGGGUCGUGAGCCAACAGAAAUGUCCCGACCAACUGCAAGUACUCGUUCAGGAUUCAUGGAAGCGCAGGGUACUGCUGUCCACAUUGUCAUGAGCGCAAAGACUGCUUUGGAACUUGGGUGCCCCGUUCGCGGUAUCGUUGCAUUCACUUCUACCUCCACUGACAAAGCUGGCCGAUCGAUUCCUGCCCCCGGACGCGGAUCGCUUACCGUAGCACGUCAAGUCCCAUCCAAACACCCUCUCCCUAUUCUGGAUUUGAAAUACCGUUCCCGCCAACUGUCAUUCCGACGCUCACAAGUCUCGCAAUGGCUUGCUCACGAGCAUCUUCAACUGCAGGACGAGCUAGAGGCUCAGAAAGCCUCUGGGCAUACUGUGAACGAGGAGUAUUAUGCGUCUAGAGUUGCUACCAUUGAACAAGAAGCUGCACGCCAGGAGAAAGAGGCUCUCGCUACUUACGGUAUGCUAGAAGGAAGUGACCCACAUAUUGCCCCUCUGCGUCGCGCUUUGGCUGUCUGGGGUCUCACCGUUGACGACAUCAAUGUGCUUUCCAUUCACGGUACUAGCACACAAGCAAAUGAGGAAAACGAGACCCAUAUCUGGAAUUCUAUCUUCACAAAUCUUGGACGUACCCCUGGUAAUAUUGUGCCAAUAAUGGCGCAGAAGAAUAUCUUAGGUCACGCCAAAGGUGGAUCUGCUGCCUGGCAGAUAUCUGGCCUCCUUGAUUCAAUCAACACUGGUGUCAUCGCUGGUAAUAGGAACGCGGACAAUGUCGACGACCACUUCCAGAAGCGUAGCUACCUGAUGUUCCCGUCGAAGACCAUUCGUACCGACGGUAUACGCGCAGGAAUCAUGUCGUCGUUCGGUUUCGGUCAAGUUGGAGGCGUACUGCUCGCUUUACAUCCUCGUUACCUGUUUGGAUCAAUCGACCCCGCCGUUUACGAAGCAUACAAGGAACGUCGAGCUGUCCGUGCCAAGUUGAGCUACAAGGCAAUGAGCGAGAUGAUGAUCAAGAACAAUCUCGUCCAAAUCAAAGAGCUGCCGCCAUAUCCACUGGCGCUCGAGGACAAGGUUCUCAUGAACUCCAUGGCUCGUGCUCGCCCGGAUGCUAAGUCUGGCUCCUUCGCGUAUACUACCAAGAUGGAGGCCCCGAUACAUGUUGACACAGCAAACUUCAAAACAGUCUCUGAAGUGCUCGCCGCGGAUGCCUUAAAGAAGUCCGCUUCAUGCUCUGAGGAAUUCGUUGGUGUCGGAGUUGACCAAGAACUCAUCUCAUCCGUACCCUCGCACAACCCUAACUUUGUUUCCCGAAACUUCACCGACGCCGAAAUUGCUUACUGUAGCGCACAACCAUCUCCCGCCUCCUCAUUCGCUGCACGAUGGGUCGGAAAGGAAGCUGUCUUCAAAUCCCUUGGCGUGAAAUCCAAGGGAGCUGCUGCGCCGAUGAAGGACAUUGAAAUUGUGAACGACAAGGACGGGGUUCCUACUGUGGUGUUGCACGGUGAGGCGAAAACCAAGGCCUCGGAGAAGGGUGUUUCGAAGGUUCUUCUUUCCCUGAGUCAUUCAGAGAACGUUGCUAUUGCCUUUGCUCAAGCUUCUACGUGA